GAAAUCACUUGUAAGCUUUGCAGAAAAAAGAAAAAGAGUGGAUCACCAUAGCUGAAAAAGCAUGGGAAAUUUAGGCCAGGUGGUGAACGCCCUUCUAUUGCUAGCAUUCUUCAGCAUCUUGGUGAUAGUUCCACUGGACAUCCCGGAAUCCAUCCUCCCUUACCACCUCAAUCCUCUCUAUCGAUUUUACACUACGAUCAGCCGAGAUUAUUUGGUGCUCGACAAGCCCCCUUUCUUCAUGGCACUCAUGAUGCUGGAGCUCUUUUACUUGUUUCCACUCGCUGUGCUCAACAUUUACGGGAUGCUCACCGCCAAGCCCUGGUUCAACUCCACCUGCCUCCUCUUCGGUGCCUCUCUUAUCACCUCCACGACAGCUAUGCUAGGGGACAUUCUCGGAUCCGACAAGCCGUCGGCGGAUUUCAUGGCAAAGUUGUAUUCGCCAUUUAUCGCGUUAGGGGCUCUCACUGUAUUGCGGGGGCUUGUUCCGCAACGCGGCACGGCUACUCCGAUCAUCGGUAACGGACCUGGGUCGGAUUUGAAAAAGAAGGCUUGAAGUUGAAGUUUGGAUCAAAGAGUUACAAGGAACAUAUUCUUCAUUAAGCUACCAUGUAAAAAACAAUAAUAUGUCAGCAAUAUCGUAUUAUUUGUAUUAGUCUCCUCUUUGUCAUGUCUUGAAAGUGAUUGUGUGACAAUUAAUGCAUUGGCCUUC